CCCUCACAGCCUGCUCCGCAAAGUUGGUUGAGAGCGAUUGAUAACACGUACGCUUUAUUCGAAGAGGAACAAAAUCGUAAACAGUAUGGUGAUUUGGCAACAAAGGUGAAAGAUGCAGUGAAAUUAUGUGAAGAAGUGAUUGAUGAACUAGGCAUCAAUCAUAGCACUUUGAGCUUUAAUGGAGGGAAAGAUUGUACUGUAUUGGUACACAUAUUGGCAGCCGUCUUACGAAGGAAGAAGAGGAGGACUACAAACAGCAUCACAGAGGAUAACAUGCUGGAAUGCAUACCAUCGCUAUAUAUAACCUGUACCUCGCCAUUCCAGGAAGUGGAAGACUUCGUUGCAGAAUCGAUACGAAGAUACAAUCUCUUGCUUGUUCGGCAAAAGGGAAGCAUGAAAGAAGCAUUGGAAUUGUACCUUAACGGACAAGGAGAUGAGGAAGGCUCAGCAGCAGGUACGAGGUCCACUACCGCCAAUACCGCAUCACAACAGCAAAACGGGCAUCACCCUCAUCGAGACGUGAAAGCAAUCUUUGUAGGAACCCGAAGAACAGAUCCACAUGGAGCUGAUCUAACACCACGCAAACAAACUGAUCCAGGAUGGCCAGAUGUGGAACGGAUACAGCCAAUAUUGGAUUGGACCUAUCAAGAUGUAUGGGAAUUUUUGCGGUGUCCAUUAUUUGCUGUGAAACAAGAUGAAGUUUGUGAUGAAAAGCAACAGCAAUGGGGACAAACGUAUGGAGUGCCAUAUUGUAGUUUGUACGAUGAAGGAUAUACAAGUUUAGGAAGUACGUACAACACAUUUCCCAACCCAAUCCUGGACACACGCAAAGGAGAGCCAAUUGAUGAACAAGAUCGACAUAAACAUCGAUGGUUGCCAGCCUAUCGAUUAGAAGAUGAAUCACAGGAACGAGCAGGAAGAGGGUCAUCAGCA